AGCCAGUCGUAGACCGAAUCGCUGUCCGGGACCCUGUGGAGGCUUUUCCCCCCAGAAUUUGUCAUUCGCCUCAUGCAUCCCUAAAUAAUCGAGAAAGGCUGUGAACAUAUAUUAGAACAAUAUCUGCUUGGGAUUUCUGGGCUAGACAAACAUGUCCGAGCCUAAGAACCAGACGGUAGGGGAGCCAACCAUUCCGCCCGAAGAAGGGGUCAAGGGUUGGCUGACAGUAGCUGGAGGCUUUUGCGCCCUAUUCUCCUCCUUUGGGUUCCUAAAUGCUAUCGGUGUCUUCCAAACAACAUACCAGCAGACGUCACUCAAAGACUACGAUGCGUCCGACAUAUCAUGGAUUUUCGCCGUGCAGCUGGCCCUCAUGUGGGCACCGGGACCACUAUGGGGUCGCAUAAUUGACACUUACGGCCCGAUCCCGGUCCUUUGGCCAUGCAGUAUUCUGUGUGUGCUAGGACUCUGUAUGACUAGCCUGGCGCAUGAGUAUUACCAGAUCUUUCUUGCGCAAGGCCUCUGCUUUGGCAUCGGCGCAGGUGGUGUUUUCACUUCGGCCAUGAUUUGCGUCGGCCAAUGGUUUGUUCGUCGUCGAGGUCUUGCAACUGGCGUUGCUGUAUCUGGAAGUUCACUUGGAGGUGUUAUCUUUCCGAUCUUUCUGGACCGGGUCAUCAACGACAUCGGCUUCUAUGGUGCCGUUCGGUAUACCGCGCUAUUCGUUGGAAUCAUGCUGGCAGUAGCCUGCCUGCUGGUCCGCAGCCGUCUCCCACGCAAGGAGUGGAACGGUAAAGCAGCGUGGAUCGACCUGACUCUGCUCAAGGAUACCGCGUUUGGGUUGUACACCGCUGGCGCAUUCUUCAUUAUGUGGGGACUCUGGGCUCCGUUCGACUAUCUUUCCAGUAUGGCGGAGAACGCGGGAUUCUCAUCGACUCUUGCUCUCUAUCUUAUUUCCAUUAUCAAUGGUGCCUCUAUAUUCGGGCGUCUUAUCCCUCCUCAGUUGGCAGAUGUCUUUGGUCACUUCAACGUCCUGACACUCUGCUGCUUCGGCACCGGCGUGUCAAUGCUCUGUCUAUGGCUUCCUUUCAACUACCACCCUUCUCAUGCAGGAAUCAUCGUGUUCGCGGCGGUCUAUGGCUUUGUCAGUGGCGCUGUUGUCUCUCUCAUGAUGCCAUGUGUUGCCAAAGUGGGGGAUCUGCAGACCCUGGGUCAGCGAUUCGGAACAUUCCAGCUGAUCAUGUCAGUGAGCUGUCUGACCGGAUUGCCGAUCAUGGGUGCCAUUCUCGAAAAGCAGAACUACACGGAUUAUUCGGGCUUGCAACUUUUCGGUGCUUGCUGUGGGAUAUUAGGGUCUGUUUUGAUUGGAGCAGCGACGUUCUUGCUCAGGAAACUGCGGAAUACGAGCAAGAUGUGAGUUGGGUUAGUGACGGCCGGGCUAGCCGGAAGAAAAAAAAACGAAAAAGGAAAAAGAUUCGACACUGGGAUAGAAGACUGAUUCUUGCCUAAAUACGACUUGAACGACUGAUACAUGUAAUCGAUAGCAUAUAAUAAACUGGAG